ACUCCGCUACACACAGACCUUAGCAGCCAGAUAGGAGGGGUGGCGCGUUCGGAUCCUCUGGCUUGACUGUGUGCAAACGGGCCACUCCCUCUGCGACCCCAGCUGUCAGAGACGAGCGGGGGGCGUGAAGGCUAGGAGUUGACUCCACUCAUCGACCCCAGUCCAAGUGCGCAUGCUGUGGGAAAACCCCCAGCUCUGCCGAGGCCCCAGGUGCAGCAGGGCUGGGCAAAGGAGGCACCCUUCUCGGUCCUCAUCCCAAUCCCAGCGCCCCUGGCUCGGACGACACCUAGAGGCUCCAGAGUGGGUGUUCAAGCUCCCAGAGCAGCAGGUGUCCAGGCGAGGCCUCCGACUUCCUGGAGACGUCUUGCUCUCCACGAAGGCUCCAGCCCUAUUUCGGACCCGGCCAUCCCGCGCCGCUGGAAACCGCGCCACCUCGCAGCAUGGCCACCGGCCUCGUCCCGACGCUCCCCUGCAGCCGAGCGCGCUGUCCACCCAGCAGACCACGCUCCUGCUGCUCCUGUCGGUGCUGGCCGCGGUGCACGUGGGCCAGUGGCUGCUGAGGCAGCGGCGGCGGCAGCCGGGGUCCGCGCCGCCCGGCCCCUUCGCCUGGCCGCUGAUCGGAAACGCGGCGGCGAUGGGCCCGGCGCCGCACCUCUCGUUCGCGCGCCUCGCGCGGCGCUACGGCGACGUCUUCCAGAUCCGCCUGGGCAACUGCCCGGUGGUGGUGCUGAACGGCGAGCGCGCCAUCCGCCAGGCGCUGGUGCAGCAGGGCGCCGCCUUCGCCGACCGGCCGCGCUUCGCCUCCUUUCGAGUGGUGUCGGGGCGGCCGCAGCUGGCUUUCGGCCAGUACUCCCAGAGCUGGAAGACGCAGCGGCGCGCGGCGCAGAGCACCAUGCGAGCCUUCUGCACGCGCCAGCCGCGCAGACGGCGCGUCCUCGAGGGCCACGUGCUGGGCGAGGCGCGCGAGCUGGUGGAGCUGCUGGUGCGCGGCAGCGCGGGCGGCGCCUACGUCGACCCGCGGCCGCUGACCGUGGUGGCGGUGGCCAACGUCAUGAGCGCCGUGUGCUUCGGCUGCCGCUACCGCCACGACGACGCGGAGUUCCGCGAGCUGCUCAGCCACAACGACAAAUUUGGGCGCACGGUGGGCGCGGGCAGCUUGGUGGACGUGCUGCCCUGGCUGCAGCGCUUCCCCAACCUGCGCACCGCCUUCCGCGAGUUCGAGCAGCUCACACAAUUCAGCAACUUCGUCCUCAACAAGUUCCUGAAGCACCGAGAAAGCCUCGCCCAGCACGGGCCGCCCCCCGCGACAUGAUGGGACGCCUUCAUCCUCUACGCGGGGACUGCGGAGGCGGCGGCGGGCUCGGACGACGGCGGCGCGCGGCUGGACAUGGAGUACGUGCCGGCCACUGUCACCGACAUCUUCGGCGCCAGCCAGGACACGCUCUCCACCGCGCUGCAGUGGCUGCUCAUCCUUUUCACCAGGUAUCCUGAAGUGCAGGCUCGGGUCCAGGCAGAACUGGAUCAAGGUGGUAGAGACCGCCUACCCUGCCUGCAAGACCAGCCCAACCUGCCCUACGUCAUGGCCUUUCUUUACGAAGCCAUGCGCUUCUCCAGCUUUGUGCCCGUCACCAUUCCUCACCGCCACCGCCACCAGUGCCUCCGUCCUGGGCUACCACAUCCCAAGGACACAGUGGUUUUUGUUAACCAGUGGUCCGUGAAUCAUGACCCGGAGAAGUGGCCUAACCAGAGGACUUUUGAUCCAGCCCGGUUCUUGGACAAGGACGGCUUCAUCGACAAGGACCUGGCCAGCAGCGUGAUGAUUUUUUCAGUAGGCAAACGGCGGUGCAUUGGGGAAGAGCUUUCCAAGAUGCAGCUCUUUCUUUUCAUUUCCAUCCUGGCUCACGAGUGCAAUUUCAAGGCCAAUCCAGACGAACCCCCGAAAAUGGAUUUUGAUUACGGUCUGACCAUUAAACCCAAGUCAUUUAAAAUCAACGUCACUCUCAGAGAGUCCAUGGAGCUCCUCGAUAGUGCUGUCCAAAAGUUACAAGCUGAGGAGGACUGCCAGUGUGAGGCCAGAAGCAAGCUGGAAUGUUAGAAGUACUCAGGUUUGGGGGGAUAGGGAGUAGAAUUUUCUAGCUCCUCUGUGUCACUUUCUCGGUUAGCCUCUAAAGUGAGCAUAGACCAGCUGACCCCCAGAUGAUGUGCUUGACACAUGUGUGCUCAGACGAGCACUGGGCUGCGCACGAGCUUCUAGAAGAUUUUUUGAAUCAAAGAAUUAAAGGGUCCAAAGAAUUUUUAUGCAUAAAUCAAGGGCUGGUAACAAUAAUUUCUUGAGGGAGCAUCCUUUGGAUUUAAACACACAUAAGCAAUAGACACAAAUGACCUGAUGAAGAAGUGUUUCAGUAAAAAUGCCUUUGUGGGUGAGAUCCAAGAUUGAUGUUCUGUGUGCUGAGAUCUGGUCCUUAGAAAAUCACAUUAAGCAAAGUUUCAAAAUAUAUUGUUGAAUACACAAAGGCAGAUAAUUUCAGUAUAAGCCAUGUGAUUGAGGGUGAUAAGGGAAAAGUAAAGACCAGAAAUUCCUUUCUUCACCUUUUCAAUAAAAAAUAGUUUAGUUAAGCUCUAGCGUCUAUGGAUGGAUUUAUCUUUUUGCCUACCGAUAUGCUUUCUUUUUUGCAAAAGUCAUAAACUCAUUUGCUUACAGAGAAAUUUAAUAGUGGCUGAUUUAGUGAUUAUAGUAAGUUUCAGUGAUUUACGAUGAAUUUUAAAGUGUAAGUUGUUCAACUGUAAAAAAUUCCAAGCCGAAGUCAUACCUCUGUUGGUGGCCAAAGUACAGAAUUUCAGUUAUGAGCAAAACAAACAAAAACCAACCAACCAACAAACAAACAAAAACAAAAACAAAUCAACAACAAAAGAUUUACCAGCCCAGCUAAGCUUUAAAUGAUGUGAUUAUAAUGCACUGAUGUCAUUCAGUCUCGUACUUUAAAAAUAAAGUCACCAAAUACUAUUCAAUACAUAUAUAAUUAUUC